UUUAGCGUGGCUAUCUUCAUUGAAGUGAAUGUAUUGUGGGAAGCUCAGGAUACCCAACGAGAGCUUACGGCCAAGGGUGUUUCGCACUUCAUAACAGUAAUAUUGUACAGUUGCAAUGUCGCACUUCAAGGGACCGGAUAUCAAUAAAGCUCUGCCACACUUCCGACCUAACACUUCCGUUCUGCAAAUGCUAGAAGACUCCCUCAGGAAAAAUGGAAAUACGUUAGCCCUGAUUGAUAGGGAGACUGAAAAGGGCAUUACUCGUGCUGAUAUUCUGCAGCAAAGCACAUCCGUUGCUUCAGGCCUAACUAAUGUAGGAGUGACUGCAGGAGAUUAUGUUAUAUUGUGUUGUGAUAAGAACAUACUAUCUUACACACUUCUUCUAGGAACUAUGUUCACAGGGGCCACAGCAGUCUUGGCUCCCAUUCCACAUGCUGAUACGUUGGACGAACUUACAUGUGGAUUUAAAAUAAAAGGGGUGUUCUGCGAUUCUAAAUAUCUAAGUUCUGUGAAGAAGUCGGUAAAUAACUUUAAAUAUCAACCUUAUUUUCUACUUACGACAAAUACACAGGACUCAACAUUUAUGUCUAUUAUCAACUGCAAGAAGGAGUUCCGCAUAUAUGAAGUAAAGGAUGUAAAAACACACGUACCUUUGAUUUUGUUCUCAAGUGGUACCACUGGGGUGCCCAAAGGGAUUCAAAUUUCUGACAUUGGACUUCAGCUAAGUGGAUCAUAUUUCAGUGAUAACAAAAGGCCGAAGUCAUUGUUGGUUGCCACUCCUCUGUUUUGGUUCAGUGCUAUUGCUACCUUUAUUUCCUCGAUCUUCACUCAUUGCUUGCUUUAUUUAAGUGAUUCCAAAGAUGUGAAAGAGAAUCUUGAGUUUAUUGAGAAAAUGAAGGUGGAAACCUGGUUUACAGGGACGGGAACGAUGCCUUCAUACAUUAACGAGCCUUCAGUGAAUCUUUAUGACUUGACUUCACUUAAAAAGGUGUUUGCGGGUGGAGAGGUGGUGUUGGACUCUGUGUCUAAAAAGUUUGAGACUAAGGUAUUAGGCGGCCGUAUCAAAUUGGGAACCGCAUACGGUUCAACCGAAUGUGGACUUAUAACGGCCGAUAUACAGGGGGUUCCUGAGAGUGAUGACAGAUCAGGAUCCUGUGGGAAAGUUGUUCCAGGCGUAGAAAUCAAGAUUCUAGACGACGAAGGUCACCUUGUGAGUCCAGGAACUAUUGGAGAGAUUUGGAUAAAAACCUUGGCAGUGACUCCAGGAUAUUGGGGAAGGCCGGAUCUCAACUCUUCCAUGUUUGACAACGAUGGGUUCUUCCGGAACGGUGACGCUGGGUACUUUGAUCCUGAGGGCAAUCUGUAUCUACGGGGUCGGGUAUGUGACCUCAUCAACUUCAGAGGGCACAAGUUUUCUCCAACUGAACUAGAAGACAUUAUUAUAUCACAUCCCUCAGUUAUGGAUGUGGCUGUGGUCGGCAAACCCCAUUCCUGUGAUAUACACCACGCCACGGCAUUCGUUGUGAGGAAACCAGGAUAUAACGUUUCAGAAAACGAAAUCAUGGACUUUGUCAAUGGAAAAGUUAAUGAACCCCAGAAACUUAGAGGAGGGGUUCGAUUUUUGGAUACCUUACCUCGCACUAUCAUCGGCAAGGUCGUGCGUCAGAAGCUGAGAGAAUAUGCUUCGAAUGAUCUAUUACAUUAAAUCCUUACAGAACAUCCUUCCCUAGUGCAUAAUAGUAGAAUCUAGUUAACGGCAAUAUUAUAUUGUCAUAUCACGUUACAAUAUAGCAGACGGUUGAAAUGUGUAAUGCUUAAUACCGUAAAAAAUUAUAUAUAUUAUGAAACUUUAACACUUAUAAAAGUUGCUAACUCUGAAUAGAAACAUUUUAACAUCUUGAUCAUAAAAACCCGUAGUUAAAUAUUAUACAUAUAAGCUUUUAACAAUUUCAAUGCACGGUUAAUGAUGUAAACAAUGGAAGUGUUCCUGUGGAUUACAACAACUACAUUAUUUCAGAGCCGAUUUUUUUUACUCAGGAAUUUUUGUUAAUCAUUUUUCUAAAUUUAAAAUACUAACGUCUUCGUGAAACUUUUUCAAAUUUUAUAACACUAUUUACACUUCCGACACAGAAUAAAACCUAAUUAAUUAAGUAAUAACAUAGUUUCUAUCUUGUUAUGCACUUAUUUUAGUGUUGUACUAUGUUUAAAGGUGCUAUUUAUAUUUAUUUUUAAGUAAGAUUUUUCUAUAAUAUCUACUGUUCAUGUCAUUAGUGUAAAUUUACCUUAAAUACAGUGGUAUAUUAGUCCCACGACAGUUUUUUUGUAGCUUAAAUAUUUAAAUAUAUUUUAACUAUCAAAUUUUAUGAAAACCCUAAGUUCUCUAAGAUGUAUAAUAAUGAAUUAGCCUGUACUUAUUCUAUAUGCAGCGGAAAGGGUUAGUAAAGUGUAGUGAUGAACAACACUGAGUGUAUUACCAGUGUAGGAUGUUGUGCUGCUCAAGUGCUUGAAUGUAAACAAUAGACAUUCAGCAAAGGGUUCAAUUGUUUAUUGCAAAUAUAUCUAUAGUUUAUUCAAGUUUCUAGAAGAGUUUUACAAAAUAAUUUAUUAUAUAUGAUUUUAUACAUUUUAGUACUUGUUGUUAUAUGAAUUUUUUUUUUUUAAUUCUGUAGUUUUCCUAAUUAACGAAAAUUACAACUGUGUUUAUAACAAGUAUACAUCAGUUAUUAAUAGUUUUUUAAUUACAGCUAUGUAUAAUUUCGAAUGGUUUUAACUGAUUUGCCUCCAAUUGUUUCUGUCGUGGAGUUUACCAUCUACUGUAGGCUAUUGGAAGUUGUCACUAUUUGGUUUUUGUGAAUAGACAUGUUAUAACAUUUACUACUCAGUUUAAUUUAAAACAAUUAUUUUUGGCUUUAUUAACUGCACUCUUUAAGACAUUGUAAGUAGAGUUGACAAACAACAUGUUUUAUAUGAAUGUUUAUAAAAUGCGUUUCCUGUGUAAUGUCCUAUAAUAUAGGAGUAUAAACGCUUUGGUGUGAUUUAUUUAUUUUUAUCUAGAAUGUUCAGUUAUUUGUUAGGUAACCUAUACAACGGAGGAAUAGAUAAUAUAAAACCUGAAUAAGCCUUGUUGCAGAAUUUAUAUCUGUAAACAAUGGCGAAUUCUAUGAAAGCUCAAUAAUUUUUACAAACCUUCCAUCGCCAGAAAUACACUUUAAGGCACUUUAUGACCAUUCAGUCAAAAUUUUAGUUUAGCUUUCACCACAAAAACUUCAAAACUCAAUUAUUAUCCACUGCAAAUAAUUUGUAAACUUGUGAUUUAUGACUUAUGGAAUAUCUUAUAAAACUUUUAAUAAUCAUAAUUAAUUGGAUGAGCUUUAGUGAAGUUUGUCUUUCGUGAUGCUGAAAAAUUGGAAUCUCUUUCCAUCAGUUCAAACAAUAUCUUCCACAGCAUAUGGAAUAACAAACUCUGACAGAAGUUUAUUACUGUAAUACAGUAACAAGCAACAAAAUAUGAUAUCCGCUGUUUGAUUAUCAAGCUUGGACUAGACGACAGACCUUAGGCCAUGCGUAGAAAUAAGUUGAGAUAAUAUGGAUAAUAAAACAAUCACGGUGUAUUAACACACAUACACACACAUUAUAUAUUAAAUUAUAUUUUGAUAUA